AUGGCACCUCGAUGUGGCCUCCUAUCAUUUGGCAAUUGGCUUCGAAUAGGAUGUAACGGUGAUGAUGAUGGUGGUUCGGAUGUUGAUGACAGUGAUGAUGGUGAUGAUUCGGAUGACGAUGAUGAUGUUGAUGAUGAUGAUGAUGACGAUGAUGACGAUGACGAUCAUGAUGAUGAUGAUGUUGAUAAGGAUGAUGAUGGUGAUGAUGAUGUUGGUGCGGAUGAUGAUGACAACAGUGAUGGUGAUGAUUCGGAUGAUGAUGAUUCUGAUGAUGAAGAUGAUGAUUCUUAUGAUGUUGACGAUUCUGUUGAAGAUGACGAAUCGGAUGAUGAUGAUGAUCAUUCGGACGAUUAUUGUGACGAUGCUGAUGACGACGAUGAUGACGAUGAUGAUACGGAUGAUGAGGAUCCUGACGAUGAUGAUGAAGAUGUUGAUGAUGAUGAUGAUGAUGAUGAUGAUGAUGGUGCUGCUGCUGAUGAUGAGUCUGAUGAUGAUGAUGAUGACGAUGAUGAAGAUGAAGAUGAUGAUGAUGGUGUUGAUGAUNUUAUUGAUCCUGACGAUGAUGAUGAAGAUGUUGAUGAUGAUGAUGAUGAUGAUGAUGAUGAUGAUGAUGAUGAUUAUGAUUAUUAUUAUGAUGAUGAUGAUGACGUAGAUGAGGAUUCGGAUGUUUAUGAUGAUGAUGUUAAUGAUGAUAAGCAUGAUGACGGUCAUGAUGAUGGGUGUUCGGAUGAUGAUGAUCAUAUUGAUGGUGAUGAUUCGGAUGACGAUGAUGAUGUUCAUGAAGAUGACGAAGAUUCCGAUGAUGACGAUGAGGAAGAUGAUGAUGUUGAUGAUGAUGAUGAUGGAGUUGAUGUCGAUUGUUAUGGGAACGAUAACAGAUAUAACGUAGGACGAAAUUUGAAUUGCGCUUAA